GCAGUAGCAAACGAUAUUGAGGGUAGCAAUGAGGAGGAGGAUGAGGAGGAACUAACGCCAGAAAAGAAGAGGCAGCUCAUUGUUCGGGUUGCUAAGAGACAUCAGGGAGAUGUAGGUGUUGCCAAUCUGCUGCAAUCACUUGGUUGUGAGAUGGCUACAAUGAUGUUUGUUGAUAAAAAGGUUUUAAGUGUGGGAACCACAGAUGGGAAAAAAUUUCUUCAAUCUCACCCUGCAAUCCUGUCAUCCUUCAGCUCCUACUUUCUGUAUGAUGACCUGUCCAAGAAACAAUUUGCUACCCCAGCCACUGCAGCCUCGUCAAGUACAACCAGUCUCAACACAAAUUCCAGCUCAUUCAAUGUUACCUCAACAAACGCAAACCCAAUCAACACCACCUCAUCUACUACAUCCAAAGCUGUUAUUUCCACUGUGAAGAAAUCAACCACUAAAACUACAACCAAAGCAACACCUUCUGGAAUCUUGUCCAAUCAAGCUAUUUCUAACACUGAUACCGUCAGUACGAUUUUUAUGAAAGGCAGAGAUGGAAGUAUUGUUGUGACAGGUACAGUGCUUCCUGGUGUACAUAAAACCAUUCAUGGUCGUCCUUGCCAAAAAGAUUGUGAAACGCUUUCCGUUGUGGAUGUUGUACAAGUUGGUGCUGAAGCUUGGUUUGAAGAUGCUUUUGGGGAAAAUAAAUUGAGCACAGGGAUCAUCGUGGAAUGGCCGAGCAGUAUGAUAUCAAACGUAGCUGAUGUCUCCCCACUUCAUACAAGAACUAAUCGCAAACGUAAAUAACCAGCUGACU